AUGGGGAGGCCGCCGUGCUGCGACAAGGCGAACGUGAAGAAGGGGCCGUGGACGCCGGAGGAGGACGCCAAGUUGCUGGCCUACACGUCUACCCAUGGUACCGGAAACUGGACCAACGUGCCCCAGAGAGCAGGGCUGAAGAGGUGCGGCAAGAGCUGCAGGCUGAGGUACACCAACUACCUGCGCCCCAACCUCAAGCACGAGAACUUCACCCAGGAGGAGGAGGACCUCAUCGUCACCCUCCACGCCAUGCUCGGAAGCAGGUGGUCUCUGAUCGCGAACCAGCUGCCGGGGCGCACGGACAACGACGUGAAGAACUACUGGAACACGAAGCUGAGCAAGAAGUUGCGGCAGCGCGGGAUCGACCCCAUCACCCACCGCCCCAUCGCCGAUCUCAUGCACAGCAUCGGCGCGCUCGCCAUCCGCCCGCCGCAGCCGGCGCCCUCCCCCAACGGCUCCUCCUCCGCCUCCUCCUACCUCCCCGCGCCGGCGCUACCGCUCGUCCACGACGUCGCGUACCACGCCGCCGGCAUCCUGCCGCCGCCGCCGCCGCACCAGCAGCAGGUCGUCAUCGCGCGCGUUGACGCGGACGCGCCCGCGUCUCCGGCGGCGGACCACGGCCAGCAGCUCAAGUGGAGCGACUUCCUCGCCGACGACGCCGCCGCGGCAUUCGAGGCGCAGUACCACCACGACGCCUCCGUGGCGGCCCACGGCGGCGGCGGUGGCAGCAUCCUGGCUGCUGGGAGCAGCAGCGCUGGUGGCGGCGACGACGACGCGGCGGCGUUCAUCGACGCGAUCCUGGACUGCGACAAGGAGACCGGGGUGGACCAGCUCAUCGCCGAGCUGCUGGCGGACCCGGCCUACUACGCCGGCUCCUCCUCUUCCUCGUCGGAGAUGGGCUGGGGCUGCUGAUUAAUUAAUUCAUUAGCGGUUACGCAAAA